GUGGCCCGCCACGCCGCCAUGGCCGCCAACGCGCAGUCCCAGAGCGCGCCCAUCCACACGUCCGUGUUGGUACGCGGGAAACCGGAGAUACUGAGAGUCAUCGAACUGCUGAUUGACAAGAUGCAGAGUGACGUGGCUGAACUGAUUGUGGAGGUUAUGGACAUCACAGUGCACUGUCUGGACGCCGCCCAGUUGAAACAGAAGGGACUGCAGGAGACUUUUCCUGCCAUCUGUCGCUUCAACAUGGUCAGCUACGAUAACCACAGCCGGCGCAUCGCUGUGGGGGCCAGGAACGGCUACCUCGCGCUGUACGACCAGAAAACAGCCAAAUGUCAGAUGAUAGCUGCCCACAGUGCUCCUGUCAUGGCGGUAGCGUUUUCCCCUGACGGCAGACAUCUCGCCACGUACUCAUACCAGGAGAACAAACUCCUGUUCUGGCAGAUGGCAGCAGGGUUGUUUGGCAUGAUGAGUGGCUCCAGUAUCAAGUGUAUCCGGUCCCACGACACCCGACCGGCGCGCGCAGGGAGUAACACCUCGCUCAACAGCCUGCUGAAGGGGGUUCGCCUCGUCUGGAUCACGCAGAAAAACGUCAUCGUGCUCACCGGAGACGGUUCUGAACAGAAGUUUAGUGUCUAGUGAGAAAUAGAGUCUUAUGCUGAGGUCACAUUUCCAAACCGGGGCCCGGGCGGGCCAUUUCGAUUAACGAAACAUCAACAAUUUAUAUCAAUACUAGAAAGGCCGACAUUUGCUUGGGAGCAAAUACAGCAUAUUUCAGUCCAUCUCCC